AUUUUGAAGAGUAGUUGUAUUGUGUCGGUCUUGGCGCUGAGUUCAAGCGUCGGCGUCGGUUACAGUGUACACUGCGCAGAUGAAAGCACGCGCGUUCAGACUCAGACUGACUGUAGGAGAAUCAUGUUGAGGAGAGCGAGCACGAGCAGUUUGGUGGGGUUUGAUGAAUUCGGUUUCGCUCUUAGCAAGAAAAGAGACAGGAAACUUCGACACAGAUGUCACGAAUACAGUUAUCCUCAGCCUAAUCCAGUUAAGGUGAAGGAACUGUGUGAAUUCCUCAGUUACUGGAAUGGAUCCAGUUUUAUCUGCAGAAAUCAGAUCGAGAGGUUUAUUCGUAUUGGUAUUCCUCCAGCAAUGCGUGGACAGGUUUGGAAAUGCCUCCUAGAUAUCGACAGUAUCAGAGCUGCCAGCUCUUUUGAUUAUGAGGCAUGCCAGGCCGAGAUCCGUAAACCUCUGGUUGAUCUUGGAGUCAGUGAGUACAGUAUCGUUCAUACUAUAGAUUCUCUAGUGGACACCGAGAACGAGAUCAGCAGUGGACAGGCUUCAGAUCUCCUCAGCGCUGACCUAACACUCUUCAAACAGAUCGCCCUCGACCAGCGAAGGUCGUUUCCCACCCAUUGCACUCUGAUGGGGGACCGUCCGGAGGCUAUUGAGGGCCAGGCCAAACUUUUCAGAGUUCUUACUGGAUUUGCCCGAUAUAAUCCCCAGAUCGGAUACGUACAAGGGAUGUCCUAUAUAGCUGCUGUGCUCCUGAUGAUCCUGUCUGAGGAAGAGGCUUUCUGGGCUCUGGUUGCUCUGUUAGAAAAGCCCAAGUAUCUCUCCGAGCUCUUUGAUUCUACUCUGAAGAAAAUUCAGCAUCAAGCUUUGAUUUUUCACCAGCUCUUGAAGCACAGGAAACCUCUGCUAUUCCAGCACUUGGAGACUCUUGGGGUGUCUUCUCUGCAUUUCAUCAUGCAGUGGUUUCUCACUCUCUUCACCUCGCUGCCAUGCUGGGACUCAGUAUUGGCCAUUUGGGAUCUUAUCAUGCUGCAUGGUUUACAGGCUGUAUUCCGCACCGGUCUCACCAUCAUCCUGCUGCUCGAGUCUCGUAUCAUGAACAUGAGUGAGGAGGCCACAGUACUUCCUGUUCUGCUGCGAGUGCCUGUGGAUGUCUCCCAGCAUCGUGUCCUCAUCCCAGCCCUCUGGAACACUGACGUUCAGGAAUGGGAAAUUAACUGCAUGAACCGCCUAGUCUUGGAAGAGGCCAUUGGCGGACAGGAUGAAGUGUACAUAUGAGCCCACCUUCAGUACAGUAUGCUGUCCCAUGUGUCUCAGCGGUCUACUGUGCUGAAUGCAAGACUCAGAGUUCAGGACUAAGGGUCAAGUGUAAUGGACUGACAGAGACACUAGAUAGGGACAGACUGGUGACUCAAUCUCUUCGGUCAUCAGCAUCUGUUAGGGGACCAAUAACAGGGAUGCUUUUGACUGGAUGAGCCCGUAAGUGCUGGCUUUUAGUGAACAAAAUGUCAGCUGCAUCUCAUGUUAGACUCAGGGGAGGACGCCAUGCCUGGGUGUACAAAGCGCACUCUUUAAGUGUGCUCUGGCUGGAUGCUCUCUUUGAGUUCAGUAACAAUAGGCUAAAGCUUACAGACCUUGUCUACUAAUGCAGGUUUCAGUGUUUUCACACAUUAAUGGUUUAUAAGUAAUCAAUUUAAC